GCGGGGGGAUCGGGGCUGAGAAGAUCUGUGGCCCCGAAGUCCCGGUGGUUAGAAGGUCACAAUUGUAAGGGACAGGCUAGGAAAACCUCAAUGUUGGAGUUACCAGGAAGUAUAUGAGGAGAUUUGGAAUCCUAAGAGGAAGAAAGUUACUGGAAAGAGAGAAGAUGGUGCCAGCUGCUGCAGACAUAUUUUGUAGGAUAGAACUAAUAACAGAUCAUUUCACUAGGCAUUGAAAACCUCCCCUUUGAACUGCAGAGAAACUUCCAGCUCAUGAGGGACCUGGACCAAAGAACGGAGGACCUGAAGGCUGAAAUUGACAAGUUGGCCACUGAGUAUAUGAGUAGCGCCCGCAGCCUGAGCUCCGAGGAAAAAUUGGCCCUUCUCAAACAGAUCCAGGAAGCCUAUGGCAAGUGCAAGGAAUUUGGUGACGACAAGGUGCAGCUUGCCAUGCAGACCUAUGAGAUGGUGGACAAACACAUUCGGCGACUAGACACAGACCUGGCCCGUUUUGAGGCUGAUUUGAAGGAGAAACAGAUUGAGUCAAGUGACUAUGACAGCUCUUCCAGCAAAGGCAAAAAGAAAGGUCGGACUCAGAAGGAGAAGAAAGCUGCCCGUGCGCGUUCCAAAGGGAAAAACUCAGACGAAGAAGCCCCCAAGGCCGCCCAGAAGAAGUUAAAGCUUGUGCGCUCAAGUCCUGAGUACGGGAUGCCCUCAGUGACCUUUGGCAGUGUCCACCCCUCUGAUGUGUUGGAUAUGCCUGUGGACCCCAACGAACCCACUUAUUGCCUUUGUCACCAGGUCUCCUAUGGAGAGAUGAUUGGCUGUGACAACCCUGAUUGUUCCAUUGAGUGGUUCCAUUUUGCCUGUGUGGGGCUGACAACCAAGCCUCGGGGGAAAUGGUUUUGCCCACGCUGCUCUCAAGAACGGAAGAAGAAAUAGAUAAAGGCCUUGGAUUCCAACACAGUUCCUUCCGCAUCCCCUGACCUGGGCUCGUGGGGAGAGGAAAGCCUGUGCUGAGGCCAUGGGGGUUCAGGGAGAAGUGGAUGGCGUAGUGUGGUCCUCCCUUCUCCCCCAUCCCCACUCCUGGUGCUGAGGCUGCAUCCAAACCCUGGUGGGUGGGGGGUGCUGCAGCCACUAACGGUAUGUGCUGUCAUUCAGCCCACCCCUUCAGAGGGAAGGGGUCUUGCCCACUGUCCUUUUGCCUCCAUGCUGAGGUUGGUGCUGUAUUUUCGAGAGAUGAUCCUCCUUACUCCCCUUGCUUUGUAUUUAAGGACUGGGGCAGUGUCGUGGGGACACUCCCCCGGCCCUCCUAACCCCCCGCCCCCACCCCCGUGGGGGACUAUGGUGUGAUAAACUUUUCAUUCUCUUCUUGCUUUUUCCAUGGUGGGGGCUCCCCCAGAUCACCUGGGCUUUGACCUGAGUUGAAGGGGCAUCCCCUCCUCUGUGCCAAAUGGAUUCAUCCUGGCCUUGCGAAUGGGAGUGGGGGUGAGGUGAAAUGCAGAUAACUCACAUGUAAAAGCGUUGGGGUAGGUGAAUAAAGUAUGUGUUG